GACGGUUGCCGCUCGACAGUUUUCCCUCCUCGUUGACGAAGCUCUACGGCCGCUGCCGAUGUUUCGCUAAAGAGACUUUUAUCGUGAAAGAUUUUGGACUCCGUGGUUUUAAAACUGUUGCAGGGAGACCGAGAAAGAACCGAGCACCAGUAACACCGCUGUUAAAGAAGACUUAUGCAGUCCUGCUAGCAGGGCAAGAUGUUCAACAAGUCAUUUGGUACUCCCUUCGGCGGAGGGACGGGGGGGUUCGGCACCUCAUCGACCUUUGGACAGCAAAACACGGGCUUCGGGACGGCGGGAGCCUUUGGAACGUCUGCGUUUGGGACCACCGCCAACACUGGAGGACUGUUUGGUGCCACGCAGAAUAAACCUGGCGGUUUGUUUGGCUCCAGUACGUUCAGCCAGCCGGCCACUUCGUCCACCAGCACCGGCUUCGGGUUCGGUGCAGCGACCGGCACUUCCACCAGCCUGUUCGGCAACACAGGAACGGGCACCAGUGGCGGACUCUUCUCCCAGCAGCAGAACAAUGCCUUCGGUGCCAACAAACCCACCUCAUUUGGAAGCUUCGGGACGAGCACCAGCAGCGGCGGGCUGUUUGGGUCGACCAACACCACCUCCAACCCUUUCGGGGGAGGCACCUCUCUGUUUGGAGGCUCGGGGUUCAGCGCCGCACAGCAGCAGCCAGGAACCACUGUAAAAUUCAAUCCUCCGACAGGAAGUGACACGAUGGUGAAAGCAGGCGUGACCACAAGCAUCAACACCAAACACCAGUGCAUCACAGCCAUGAAGGAGUACGAGAACAAAUCUCUGGAGGAGUUGAGGCUGGAGGACUACCAGGCGGGCAGGAAGGGCCCGACCAACCCGAUGGCUGCGGGGACUGGCGGUCUGUUUGGUGCGCCCACGGCAACGUCCAGCACUGCCACUGGCCUGUUUGGCUCCACCGCCCCCAACACCAACUUCUCCUUUGGGCAGAACAAGAGCACAUUUGGAGCCGCACCAGCGGCCGGCGGUUUUGGUGCCACCACAGGCGGUCUGUUCGGUCAGCAGGCGCCGCAACAAGCCAGCAGCCUCUUCAAGCCGUUUGGUCAGACCACGACCACGCAGAGCACCGGCUUCUCCUUCGGAAACACCAACACCAUAGGACAGGCCAACACCAGCAGCAUAGGUUUGUUUGGAAACACCGCAGCGUCUCAGUCGGGUGGGUUGUUUGGUGCCGCUCAGACGAGCGCCGCCACAGGCUUUGGGACGGGCACAGGGCUGUUCGGCCAAACCAACGCUGGAUUUGGAAACGUCGGCACACAGCAGAGUUUAUUUGGUAAUAAGACGGCAGGGUUCGGCACCACCACCACCAGCGCUCCAUCCUUCGGCACUGGCACCGGCCUGUUUGGGAACAAGCCCGCCCUCACACUGGGGUCUGGAACAAACACGUCCAGCUUCGGCUUUGGUGCAAACCCAGCCGCAGGAAGUCUGUUUGGGAACAAGCCGGCCACUGGAGGACUGGGGACGGCACUGGGAACCAGCUUUGGAGCAGCAGUGGGUACAGGACAGACGUCUCUGUUUGGGAAUAACCAGAACAAACUGGGUACCACACUGGGAACGAUGGGAACGUUCGGAACGACUGGAUUCAACAGUGGAACCAGCAGCCUGGGCUUCGGAGCCCAACAGCAACCAGUUGCGCUCACAGAUCCGAACGGUGCGGCCGCCCAGCAGGCCAUGCUGCAGCAGCAGCUCAGCGUUCUGGCUUACUCUCCGUAUGGAGACUCGCCGCUCUUCAGAAACCCGCUUUCAGACCCCAAGAAGAAAGAGGAGCGUCUGAAACCAACCAAUCCCACGGCUCAGAAGGCCCUGACCACGCCCACCCACUACAAGCUCACCCCCCGCCCAGCCACCAGAGUCCGCCCCAAAGCACUGACAUCAUCAGGGGCCUCCAAGUCGCAGCUCUUUGACGGCCUGGACGACGACGAACCCUCGCUCACCAACGGAGCCUUCAUACCCAGGAAGAGCAUUAAGAAGCUGGUACUGAAGAACCUGAACAGCAGUCAGUACAGCAGUCCGGUCACCAAGGAGACGGACGACCUGGCAUCACCCUCAGAGUACCCGCAGAACGGACACAGUCACAUGGAGGAGGAGGAGGAGGCGGCGCCGGGCCCCAGCAGCCGGGCCGACGACGACCCCGAAGUCACCCAGUUCUACGUCAACCCCAUCGCCAAGCCCAUUCCGCAGGGCCGCGCCCAGACCAGCCUGCAGGACACCAUCAGCGACCUCAACAUGCACAAAGCGGCACGGAACGGACUGGAGCUGAGCAGCGAGGACGUGUCAGCGUCUCUGGGGGAGGAGUCUCUGCAGGAGGACAGAGAGGAGGAGCAACAGGAGUCUCAGCAGUCUCCUCACCCUGCAGGCAUCGUUCUGAACCGUGUUGGUUACUACACCAUCCCCUCCAUGGACGAUCUGUCUGAGAUGGUGGACGAGAACGGAGAGUGCCUGGUGGAAAACUUCACAGUCGGCAGGAAAGGCUACGGCUCCAUCUUCUUCCCCGGUGAGGUGAACGUAACGGGGCUGAACCUCGAUGAGAUAGUCCACUUCAGACGCAAAGAGGUCAUCGUGUACCCAGACGACAAGAACAAGCCUGCGGAGGGGGAGGGGCUUAACAGGCGAGCGGAGGUGACGCUGGAUGGCGUCUGGCCAAACGACAAGACGACCUGCACUCAGAUCAGGAGCCCAGAGCGUCUGUUGGACAUGAACUACGAGGGUCGGCUGGAGAAAGCAUCCCGCAGACAAGGAGCUCGUUUCCUGGAGUACAGACCGGAGACUGGCUCCUGGGUGUUCGAGGUGGCCCAUUUCUCCAAAUACGGCCUGCAGGACGAGGAUGAGGACGAGGACGUCCCGCUCAAAGCCGACCCCAAGAAGCUGAAGACGAUGAUGUCACUUCCUCCCUCCAAACUGCAGCAGCUGCUUCCUCCCUCCCAGCAGCAGGUGGCGCCUCAGGCUCAGUCCACUGUUGUCGUGGACCUUCCGGGCAGCGUGGCAGAGUUGGACAGCGACAUGGCCGACAUCACCCAGAGCUUCCCAACAGAGAGCAUGCUGGGAGGAGAGGAGGACGGCGACCUGCCGGUGACAGCUGAGAUGGACACUACAACGAGCGGGAAGCUCACAGGUUUGAUCUCCUCAGAGCACGACGGCAUCUCUGCGUCCAGCCACAUGGCGUCCUCACUGGGGAUCAACCCACACACCCUCCAGAUCAUGAAGGCGUCGCUGUUUGCUGAGGAUGAAGAGGAGGGCGACAUGUUCCAGGAUCAGGGAGCGAUGAAGGACGUCUGGUCUCCUCGCCUCGUGCUGCCGGGAGCUCAGACCAGACCCUCCGUGGGCGGUCUCCUUCAGGCCCGUUUCACCUCCGGCCUCAUCUCUCAGCUCUCAGACUCUCCUCGUCCUCCUCUUCUUCCUCCUCCUCUGUCCCGGGGCUCUCCAGCAGCCACCGAACCCUCCCGCCCCUCACACUGGGCCGGCCCUGGGCCCUCGUCCUUCCUGCUGCCCCCCCGAGCUCCAGAACCUUCGGUCAGGACGGUCGGCGUCCGGCGGCUGGGCGGCCCCGUCCCCCUCAAAGAGUCGGUCACUCUUGGAAAGGGGAGUUUGUUGAUGGACGCCGGCCUGUAUGCGGGUCGCUCCUUCAGGGUCGGGUGGGGUCCCGGCUGGACGCUGGCGCACUGCGGCCACCGGCUGAGCUCGCCACCCAAACAGCUUGAUCAACAGGAACUGACCAAAACAGACUUCAGCUUCCUGCCCAAACUGGCCAGGAGCAAGCCACUGACAGAAAGUCCCUAUAAAGUGGUGAUGGAGCAGCUGGAGUGUCUGCAGCCUCAAGCUGUGAAGAGCAGCCAGCAGGAGGAGGAGGAGCAGGAGGAAGAGGAGAGCCAGGCGGUGCUGCAGCGCCCCCUGGACAUCUGUCUGAAGCACAGCACCGUCGACAUCACUGAAGCCUCCGCCUGCCCUCUGGUGCGACCGCAGCCCGGCGUGGCGGCGCUGCACGAGUACGCAGAGUGGAUCAUUGAACUGAGCGACAAGCAGGGAGACGCUGAUCCUCUGCUCGGUUACUGGGCCGAGGUCUGGACCCUGUGUGAGGCCUUGUGGGGCCGGCUGGGCCCCGCUGAUCAGGAGUUGGACGUUCAGGUGCCCGGCGAGUACGAGCAGCAGCUGGAGAGGAGGCGGAGCUUUUCGGCCUGGCUGUCCCGCGGCGCCACCUCCAGGGUGGAGGAGGAGGUGGCGCUGGCGGGGAAGGGUCGCCACGUGGAGGCCAUCUUCAGCUACCUGACGGGAAACCGCAUCAGUGAGGCGUGUCGACUGGCACAGAAGGAAGGAGACCACCGUCUGUCCCUGCUGGUUUCUCAGGCCAUGGGCUCUCAGUACUGCCGGGACCUGCUGGCCCUUCAGCUCGCCGACUGGAACCGCAUGCAGACAGACUGCUACCUGCCAGAGGAGCGGCUUCGCAUCUUCACUCUGCUCGCGGGGAAACCAGUGUGGCAGUCGUCGGACUCUGUGGUGAACGUUUGCUCUGAGUUGGACUGGAAGCGCUGCGUGGCCGUCCACCUCUGGUUCAUGUUGCCUCCGACUGCCUCUGUGGCCGACGCCCUCGCCAGAUAUGAAGCUGCCUUCCAGGGCUCCUGUGAGGGGGGAAAGUACGCCUGCGCCCCCCUGCCUCCGUACCUGGAGGCGGAGCAGCCGGACCCGGAUGAGGAGGAGGAGGAGGAGGAGGAGUCCAAACGGUCGCUGUACGACCUCUGCUUCCACCUGCUCAAACUCUAUAGCGACAGACACUACAGCCUGCAACAGCUGUUGGACCCUCUGACCGUCACCUGGGAGCGUCUGGAUUACCGUCUGAGCUGGCACCUGUGGGGCGUCCUGCAGGCGCUGCACUACAGCCACCUCAGCACCUCGCGCCAGGGACUCCUCCACGCCAGCUACGCCGCACAGCUGGAGAGCGCCGGCCUCUGGCACAUGGCCGUCUUCAUCCUUCUGCACAUCCCCGACCACGCUCAGCGGGAGCGAGCGGUGAGGGAGAUGCUGACCCUCCACUGCCCCCUGCAGGAGACGGACGAGUCGGUCCGCAGGGAGCGCUUCCUGACCGAGAGGCUGCUGAUCCCAGAACAGUGGAUCCACGAGGCCAAGGCCACACGAGCCCGCCGCGAUGCCGACCGACACCAGGAGGCCAUGCACCUGUACCGGGCCGGAUACUGGAGCCAGUGUCACCGUCUGCUCAUCCAGCACCUGGCCUCAGACUGCAUCAUCAACGACAACCACGACUACCUGCUGGAGUUCUUGGAGGGGCUGGCGGUCCCUGAACACAGCGCCACCAUCCAGGACUGGGACACUGCAGGGGGCGUCUACCUGGACUACAUCCGAGUCAUAAAGACUCUGCAGGACAUACAGCAGAUGGAAAAUGCCGGUUACGAGUUGGAGCGUCUCUACACGGACGUGACGUCUCUGUGCAGCAGGAUUGAGCUCCUCCCCUGCAGCACGGCCAGAGACCGCCUCGCCCAAUCAGAAAUGGCGAAGCGCGUGGCCAACAUCCUGCGGGUGGUGCUGAGCCUGCAGCAGGGCGACACAGCCUCUGACUCCCUCAGCAUCCCGCUCAUCCAGCUGGCGCCGCACAUCACCCGCCUGCCGAUGCCGGAGGACUACACGCUGGAGGAGCUGCGAGGCCUCACGCAGUCGUACCUGCGACAGCUCAUCGUCAGCCAAUGAGAACAGGAAGCAGGACGUGUUGUUCACAUCAGAUAAAUGAUAAAACUUCAGCUGCUCAAACAUCAUCAGACUCUGAGAGCUUUUCCAAAUAAAGGAGUAACAACAAACUGACGUUUGUUUCUGCGGAGGACGAUUUGAUUCUGGAGUUUAUUCGCUUCAGUUCUAGACGCCGUCUGUUCGAGCUUCUUCAGCACUGAAAAAUAAAAACAGGCACAAAGCUGCGAUACUUCAUUCCUCUUCAUCUGUGCGCGUCUGUCUUUUCAGGGGAGAGUUUUAAAAGAAACAACAGGAAGUGACAGGAAAUGACUCCCAACUAUAAAUAACCUUCCUCUGCAACAUGGCAGUCAACCAUGAAGCAAACAUGUCACUCUGUUGUCAGUCAGCGUCAGUCGGUAGACAGGUGUCUCACCCCGCUGCCACCAACACGGUUAAUCAAAACUUAGUUAAAUUUAGGUUGUGACAUCGAGUGACCAAAAUUCAACGUCAGAAUGUCAAAUGUCAACAUAAAUUUGACGUAAAGUACUGACGACAGACGACGUCGAAACCAACAACAUGUUUGUGUUGUGUUGUUAAAUAAAAAAAUCUAACGUCUUUCAGUCGUCCCAUGCUCAUGUCCUCGUAAUGUUCGGAGAACAAAGACCAACAAAACGUUGUCAUGGUAACAUCCACACAACGUGAAAUUCUUACGUUGUCAGACAUCCAUAACAUCAUCAACCUGAUUUUCAUUCCAACCAAAAUUUGACAUCUUUCUGACCUCAUAUUGACGUCCAGUGUCACCUGGGUAACUGGUCGACUAAUGGAACCAGUGAAUGGUUCUACUGGUUUCCGUUCACUUCUGUAGAUUUGAAAAUCAAUCAGAAGAUUCUGGAAACUUCACCUGUGAUCAUUGAGUCUGUUCAGUGACGUCAAGGUUGUAUUUUAGUAGUGGGAUAAUUUACCACGGAUGUUCAGAACAAUCUGUAGUUAACGUAACACAAGGAAUUAAUUUCAGCAGUGUUGAAGACGUGAGAUCAGAAAAUACGACCAAACAUCGUCCAGGUUUCAGCUGAUAUGUUAUUAAUACAGAUGAAGUUCACUGUGAUAGACGAUAAAACUCUGCUGGUAGAUGUUCAUACUCGACAAACUGUCACCAAUAUUAAAAUUACACCUAUUUUUCUAGUAGUCAUUAAAACAUGCAAACACACAGGUGUGGUCAUUUUUAAAGGAGCAGUUCAUCACUUUGAGUGUUGAUGUUCAGGAUUAAAGUUACACACUGAGUCAUUUCCAAGUUCUGUUAUUGUUGUUUACUCUGAAAUUCUCCUCCAAAACUCAAGUUUGGUGUUUUUCAACCUGGAACCUGAUUUCCCGUGUUUUUGUUUUUAAGUGACACAUUAUUAUUGAGCCGUCACUUUACGCCCACGAAAAGUGUUUGUUUUUGCCACAUAUCCCGGCAGAGAUAGACGGGUGUAUCCCUGCAACCCUCGUCUACAGGACUGCCAGCAGCCACGCAAUGAACGUCCACAAGAAGUUUUUGUCACUGGCAGGCUCAGAUUGUUGUUCUAAGUCUCUGACAGCAUUAUCAAAGGAUCCCUACAGAGAUAGAGCUUUGUGUUAAAGAGAAAGAUCCUUUUUGUUUAACCAGAAACAGCCCUGAAAUCACCGUCACCAAACCCACCAGACUACAUUUAAAUUAACACUCAUUUUAUCAUCAAAAAACACACUUCAGUCAAAGUCGACAGAAACAAAAUUAAACUGACAGUAACCAUCUUGGUUCAUCUUUCCACUGUUCCAACAAUCACCAGCUCUGGUUUGGUUGAAAUUAACCCUUAAUUCACCAGUUAGAUGUGACAACACACUCUAUACACUAAAAUAUUUAAAUGGAGUCUUGUGGGUUUGGUGACGGUGAUUUCAGGGCUGUUUCUGGAUCUUACGCAACCACGCAAGGCUCUGUCUCUGUAGGGAUCAUUUCCAUAAUGUUGUCAGACACUUGUAACAACAAGAACAAUCUGAGCCUGUCGGUGUCAAAAACAAACACAUUUUUACCAGAUGUUACUUUCGUGGCUGUCGGCUGCAGCACUUCCUCUCAGCACUGUAGACUAGGGUUACAACGAUACAUCGUUUUCAAGGUAUGCUGUGGUAUAAAAGUUGAUGGUUAUCAUAGCGUGUUUACUUAUCUACAAUAUUGGGAAAAAAAUGCAACUGGAUGGAGAACGUCAGCUCUGUUUACAAAACGGUUUCAAUUAUAGUAAAAAGUUAAAUAUUUGUUCAGCCAACAGGAACCCUUCUGUUUUAUUCCUUUAAGGCUCGUUCUAACUUAUAAGAUAUUUUGGAUUGUUAUUACACCGUGAAAAUCUGGUACAAUCCUAACUGGGCCAAUUUCAAAAAAUAUUGUUCCGUUUAGUCACUUAAACACAAAAACAUGGCAAAAUAGGUUAAAAAUACCAAACUUACUGUUAGAGUUUUUGUCCCUGUGUUUGAACAGUGUCUUUGUAACGGCACUACGUUGUGCUUACGAGCGAGUAAAUGUAACUCAAAUUCUCAUUUGACCCCAAUGAAAGUGCCGCGUUUGCGUUAGUGAUUAGCUCUAAAAUAAACCCGUCUCUGACUGCUUUUUUUUUUUUUUUUUUUUUUUUUUUUUUUUUUAAGUUUUGUUUUUAUUCCAAGUAAAUAAAAACAGCAGUUAGCUUAGCGUAGUGUGACAGCAGCAUCUGUUCAUCUGUCCAUAUGUGAAUAAAGAUCUAAAUAUUAAAGACGAGUGCUGACGUCGGACAGACGGGUGGUUUUGUUUCGGAGAAUUCAACAUGCAAAGUGUAAAAUGUGUGAUGGUCUAUUUUUGUAGAUUUUUUUCAGUUUGGUUUGAAUGUAAAUCUGAAGUGUGCGCGCACGUAAACCAGAGGUAAACAAGUAUUAUUAAUAUUAUUUUUUAUUAUAAUUAGUACUUCAUUAUAGUUUUGUCGUCAGACUUUCUGAAGUGAAGAGUUUCCUUCUAAAACGAGCUGCCAGCUGGAGAUUUCACUGCGUGUAAUUAUAUAAAUAUUGUAUAUUUUUGGAAAAUCAAACAGGGAGUAUCAGGUCGUUUUUAUUCUCCACCUUUAAUUAUUAAUGAACUGGAUGCAAAGUGUUUUAGAAUGAAACUCUUCACUUAUUGAUUGAUUGAUUUAUUAUUUUUUGGUUGUAGACAAACUGUCAGCUCGCCACCAAUGUUUUUUCUUUUGUUUGUUUGUUUUUCAAAGUAAAAUCAGUUUUGUUGUUUCUCAGCCAACCGGAUGCUCGAUAUGUCUGUUUAUUCUCCUCUUCAACACAAACUGUGUGUGUGUAGUUUAUAUGGAUGAUACAGCUGUGUGUGAGUGUGUGUGCAUGUUUCCUGAUGAUUUUGUUGAUAAUAUUUUUUAAUAAAGUCAAGUAGAAAUAAAGUUUUUUUCAUGGUA